AUGAAAAAGAAAUCAAUCCAAGAAACAAUUGAUGCUUUGCGUGCUCUUUCUCAACCAAGACCUCCUGAACAGGUUCGAAGACUGAGAGAGAUCGAGACUCAAACAAAAAUGAUCGGAGAGAUUUUUGGAAUUUUCGGAGGAACUGAUGAGAAAUUGAGAGAAGACGAGUUGAAGGCUCAAAAAUACAUGAGUUUUGAAGAGAAACGCAAGCUUUAUCAAGCCGAAUUUCCGAAUAAAGUUUCCGCUGAAAAACGUGCAGAAGCAAGAGAAGCACUCAACUACAUUGCACAGAAUCCGCAUCUUUUCGUGGCCAACGAGACGGUUUCUUCUGGAAACGAGUAUUCAUCUCUGAUAUCUUCCAUAAAACCAAUCACUUCCAGUGCUAGUUCUCGUUCCUGGCCUCCAAGUGACUGUACUGAUGCUGAUAGCCUUGAUUUGAGAUCUAUCAUCAGAAAGAAGUUCGCUGAGAAUCUUCUGUCAAAGAGUGAUUCAAAACGUUCCAAGUCUGGUUCUCAACUAUCAACUGAAAAAUCACAUGAAAACAGCAUUGAUUUGGCAACUUCCAGCGACUCUUCGUCAAUUGGAUCUUCGAUCCAUUUCUUCUCCGAUGAACAAUCCUCAACUCGUCGUGGCAAUCCUGUCGUUGCACACAUUAUCACAACUCGUUCAUGGCCGUCUAGUGAUGAAGACUCGGGGUCAGAAAUGAACUUGACAGCUCCAAGAGUCGGAAAGAAAUCAAUGGGCUCAAGAAUGAGCUCUAUCAAAUCUGUGAACACUUCAUCCGUUUCAAGCUCUGAGAAAGGAAUAAGUUCUGAGAAGUCGACUACAUCGAGUUCCAAAUCAGGAAAGUCGAACCGUCCUUACGAGUUAAACUCUCGUUUCAAUGGAACAUUCAGAUUCGGAAGUUAUGAUAACUUUGCCAAUUUCUCCGAGUCUCCUUCAGUUGAUUCGAGUGACUCAAUUAUCACUGUUUAUGAUGAAUGUUCGACUCCGGUUUAUUACGAAGAGAGUACUGCAACUCCGCUGAUUACUUGUGUCGAAUAG